UCACGUUCCCUUGUAGCUCCCAAGAAUCUCCCAGCCUUUUGCUCUGACUGGAUUGUUGUCAACAAUACAACUUGUUUCCUAGUUACAGUGCAAUAAAAGCAUUUAUCACCACUUCACAUGAUUGCAUUUCCAAUCAGUGUCUGGCUUCAGUGGGCGAGUCCAGCUGAAACAUACACUUACAAUGUCUUCAGGUCAAGGCUCAAAGGCAAAGGCGAAGAAGGCUGGUUUUGUCCCCAAGGCUGAAGGUUAUGGGUCCAGCCAGGCCACACCAGGCAGCAGCGUGGGCAGUACAGCAGGACCUAGCCAGGCUAUAGUGCCAUAUCAAGCACCACAAUCCACACAGAAAAACACAAUGCUUGUUCCAAAAGGAUACACAGUGAAACCUAUAGUUCCAGCCAAAAAGGCAGAGCUUAUCUCUGUUGCAAAAGCGAUGCAUAGAGAUGAAUUUGGGAUUCGGGUAAAGGAACUAUUUGAUCCAGAGAGGGAAGCAGCGUUGGAUGCACUUCAAACAGGGAUUUAUAUUGGAUGGCGAUAUCCUGAUUACAAAUGGGAUUGCAUUCGUGUUGGAGUAAAAUCAAAGUGCUUUUGUGGCCACCUCCUUGCUGAACAUGAACGUUUUACUGGUACCAGUGUUCGAGUGCCCUGUGCAGUCCCUGGCUGCCAGUGCAGGGCUUUUGCCUUCAUUCCUUCCCGUCCUGAAGAGGUAGGUGAAUUCUGGCUAAGAAAGCGAAGAAACUUCGACCCAAGCACAUGGAGAGCCAAGUGCCGUUGUAAACAUAACCACGAAGAACACAACGCCACUGGAAGUCAUAAAUGCAACAUCAGUGGUUGCACCUGUCCAAGUUUUGACUCAAAUUUCCUCUGUGCUGCCUGUGACAAGCAUUGGGAACAGCAUCGUACAUUCUUUGAAACAGAAAGAAAUAGACAAGAAGUUGGACUCCCAUAUGGUGAAGCUUACUUGCCCUUUGCGGAGAUGCCCAAUUUACGAAAUGCAGUACUAUCAGGGAAUGAGGAGGAUGAUUCAGCAUACCAGAGCAUUACUAGCGGCACUGGACCCUAUUCGCGUCUUGGACCUUCUUCCAACUCUGCCAAACCUGCUUUACCAUCAAACAAAAACACAGGGAUUUUGAGCAGACUGUGA